GGCUUGCCGCUGAGAAUGGUCCCCGGUCAAGUCGUUUGGAAGAAAAAUUUCAAGCUCGAGGAAAAGACCAGAUAUGUCAGUAUCAUUUGCGUGGAAGAUGUAGUUGGGGCUCGAACUGUCGGAAUGUACAUUGUGAUUUGCCGUAUCAGUGGAGAUAUAGAAUCAGACAGGAACAGAGCUGGACAGUUAUAGUGGAUGACAAUGAUGGGAUAGAACGGGCGUUUAGUAAUCCGACAAAAAACGGUCACACCAUAAAGCUUUGUUACUUUCGCUCAAUGACCAUAGAUUUCCAACAAAUGAGCGGCACUGAUAAUAUAGGAGGACUUUUUGAAAUAGAAAGACUAUCAACCCCUUCAUUAGUAAACCGUGGUAACCAAACAUGGAGAACAAACUGGUUGUGGUAUUGGCAAAAUCCAUAUGGCGAAUGGAUAAAGUUUGGAGAUUUGGAUGACUAUGGAGGAAAUAAAGCUGAAAUAAAGAGCAAGGAUUUAGAAGAAGCUUUUGUUGCCGAUCCAACCGGUGUAGUAAAAUUUAAGACAACGGGGACACAAUCAUAUGAAUAUAUCGUCGAAUUUAGCGAAAUGAUACAGCGCAAUACUGCAUAUAAUACAAGAAGGGAAUUGCGCAGACGGCCAGAAUUCAUCAUCAAGCUUGAUUUUGAAUUAAACCGUCUGAGAUUAGUACGGACUACAGACAGUGCAGUGAGUAAAGGAAUUAAGGCACCGGCCAAUUGGGGCAUACCAAAGGGGAAAGAUCUUUUCGAACAUAUUGUGAUUGUAAAGGGAAGUAUUUUUACUGGGGUUUUCCACAUUUAAAAUUUCUAGUUACAAGUUAUUUCGAAAUAAAAAUCAAUAGUAAAAGAGUAGCUUAAAACUUAUGUAAGUCGACAUUCAUUUUCACCUGAUAAAUACCAAUGAUUCCUUAAUGAUUGAGGGAUAAAAUGAUUGUUCUAGGGCAGGUAUUUUUAUUGCCAGUAAACACUUGUACUAAAAGCAAUCACACAUAUUGUGACAUUCGGUAUGCCUUCUCAGAAGCAUCUUUUUUAUCUAAUGAAAUCAAUGUGACUAAGACACGAACUUGUCAUGUCGUUUAUUAGCACCCUAGUAAAAAAACGUACAUAUCAAGUGUUAUCUAACACCGUCUUACAUACGUAUUUUAUAACAAAAUCAUAGAUGAAUUUAUCAAUAAAGACGUUGACCAUUUAUCUCAUUACAGUUGAAUAAAUCAGACUCAGAGUAUAGACAAAUCCAAGCAUUGUUCUUUCAAAGUCUGCAGAACGUUGACAUUAAAUCAAUAGACAGGAUUGAAAAUGGUGAUUUGUGGGAGAACUAUAUGAUG